AACAUGGGACCAGCAGCUGGGGCAGAAUCGUUCUAGGGAUUCCAUUCUCCAUCGGUCGACACGUAGUCCAGCAGGUGCAUAUGCUCUUCCGUAUGUCGCAUCAACCCCUAAAAACUUCGAUCCAAAACCAGCAUACGUACACCGUCCAUCGGCGACUAUGCCCUCAAAGAUACGAAGUCCCAUUUCAGUAGCAUCGACUACAUCGAAUAUAUCGACGGGCUCGCAAAUCUCCUCUCUGGCGACUGAAGCUAAACAGCAGAGGUUUGCUCGCAAAUUAUUCGAGCAGCAUGGCGUCAGGAGACCACCUGGUUGGUUUUCCGACGAUGAAGACCUGUCCCUCGCAGGCGAUAGGACUGCCAGCCCCCGAUUCUGCAGGGUCUGCCAUCUCUGCUCUGCGCGAAUCUGGUCGCAUACUCAUUGCUCGUCUUGCAAGCAUAUUCUGUGCCAGGAAUGUCUGCUCUGCGAAGUACCUAAGAGCUCUAAAAGGGGGCAGCCGGCCUUCCCGCAUCACCCAGGUCAUGCUGUCAGGCUGAACGAUGCGAAAGCCUCCUCGGAAUUCGUACAUGUAGUUCACCACACGUCACAAACUCCAAGCUCUACAGGUCACAAACCAUAUGGUAAACUAGCAGAUACAGUUCAAGGACAAAGCUCCCGGCAUAGCGACCCUCGACCCAGGUCACAGCUAAGGAAUGUAGGUGUCGAAGGCCGGCCAGUAAAGCAAAGUCCAUUCGCCACUGCAGACAAGGGACCGUCGAGUUCCAUCUCUGAAUCUGACGUUUUUGAGAAAUCCGAGUUUCAGACAUCUCAGCCUACAAGAAAUUCCCCAGGGCCAGUAGGUAAAUCCAAUGAUGAAGUAACCAGCACCAAGGUCGAAUGCGAUGACCCCAUGUGCAAAGCAACACAUGCUGGGCAUUAUCCAUAUCGACAUAGCAUCACCUGUUCUCUUGGCCGAAGCGAAGAAGUCGAGAGAGCCCUAGAUUCGCUCAAGGAAUCUAUAAUAUCGGAAGAUGCCUCCGACGCUCAGCGUCUGACACCAGAGCUCUCUGAGGAAGGGUCGUCAUCGCCCUUUGACGCUACGCCGCAUGACCAUCACUCUAAAGAACUUCGCAGCUCUCAUCAUAGCACACAUCACCUUGGCAGUGCCUUUGGCCACGAGUUUCGUGAGCGAUACUACAGAUUUGCGGAAAGUCCACGUGGCAAGGCUGGGUCUGAUAAUAUAUCAUCCAUUGAGCAUCCGGCCCCGGUAAUACCGAUAGCUCCAGUGAAUUCUCUUCAACAUGUCCAUAAAACGGUAUCUCCUAGCUAUCCUAAACGCAAGGAAUAUCUCCAGCCAACGGAAGAGAGAAAGCAUACUCCAACGAGACCAUCUCCUAGGUUAGGCCAAGGCCAAGGAUCAUAUUCAGUUGAGACCAAGAAUAUUUCCGGCGAGAGAUUCAGCCAGUCCACCCCUCGGGGUGGUAUAAACAGGAAACGAUCCAUACCUAUAAUUCGUGUGCUGAGUCCACCAUCAUGGCUAAAAACACCGCGAAAAGAAGCAGGCGAUGCCAAAUGUGGACUACGCCAUGUGAAAGCCAAUGAUCAUGGGCAUUGGCCAAAUUCACGAGUAGAUAGCUCAGGGGGGAAUAAUGUCGAAAAUCCAAGGAAUCCAAUGCGGGAGUCCAAUUCCGUAAGAAACACGUUUGAUGAGCUAACUAGCUCGAGCCAUAAUCUUAUGCGAAUAUCUGCUCCCUCCCCGCCGACCGCGCUACAUGUCACACAGCAUCAAAGACCGGAGCCUUGGUUAGAUCAUUCAUCCGAUCAUGCACACUCUAGGGCAAGUCAUAGUGCUAUGUCCACACACACAAGGAACACACCCGCUGCCUCAUCUCAUGGGGGGCCACAAGCAAAGCAUCGAAACCCAUCUUCUCGCCAUGGGCGGCCUCCAUCCCAUCUCCGAGCUGAAGGUACUAGGUCCGCACAUAUUGACCUGCUGAGUCCUUCGUCUGCUCGUUCAGCCGUCCAUUCACACCGAUCCCUACAGCAGUACGAAUCGGCUUAUAAGCUCGCACGCGAGCGAUCCUGGGAUGAGGCAGACCAUCAUCUUGAUACCCAGUCUUCGCAUGUUCGAGCUACUACUUCACAUGCAAGCCACGAGAACCAGCAUUCUCUAGCAGCAAGCACCACGAGCACUCCCAGCCACUCGCCACUGCAGCCCCUCCAAUCACUACCACAGCAUAUCAUAGCCCACCCUGAAGAACAAGAACAAGAAGAGGGGACCACCGCGUCUGAACAUGGUAGUACUUGGGAUGUGCCGGGAUCCGAGAGCAGGGAGUCCACCGCUCCGUUCUCCGCCGACGAGCUUUCGGAGGAAGAAUACGAAGAUGACUGCUACGAGAACGAGAACGAGAACGAGAACGAGAACGAGAUAUACCGCCCGAACCCCAUCGCGCCGCCCAACCACGACUGUAGCUGGAAAGAGCGUUACCUCGCGCUGACGGCGGAGAUCCGUCUGCUGAAAGCGGAGCUUUCGACGAGGGCGUCGCUGAGGGGGACGGAUGUUGGGUUUUAUGGUGAGCAGGGGCUGGAGCAGGGAGAGGAGGAGGAGGAGGAGGAGGAGGAGGAGGAGGGGUUGGAGGGUGAUGGUAAUGGUGACGAUGAUGAUGAUGAUGAUCUGGGAAUCCAGGGUAUCACGAUUAUCAUGCACUUGAGGGGCAGAGAGGACUUGGUUAUCAAUACGGACUUGACGUAGGAGAGUGAUGGGGGACGAUACCUACGAUA